AAAUAUUGAGAUAAGGUAGGGACCAUUAGUAUACAUAUUGCACCAGAACACCUUAAUGCGUUUUCAGAUCAACCCAUGGCAACUUUCUUUGGUUCUCCACCAAUUGUGUCUCCUCCGGUGGUAAGAACUCACCAUUUAUCUUCAUCAUCACAACCACCACCACCACCGCCAUCUCAGCCACCAUCACAGCAGCCAUCCCUCAGUAAGAGUUCACAACCACAAGAGCCAUUGGUGGUGGCUAAAGAUAAGGUACAACGAGGUGGUAAUGUGGAUUCAACAGAUUGGAUAGCUUCGAGCUUGACAAGAAGAUUUGGUCUUGGUGCCGGGCUGGCUUGGGCGGGUUUUUUAGCAUUUGGUGUUGUCUCUGAACAAAUCAAGACCCGUCUUGAAGUCAGUCAGGAAGAAGCUAAUACAAGAGAUGUAGAGAAGGAAGAGGAGGUGGUAUUACCUAAUGGCAUAAGGUACUAUGAGUUAAGAGUGGGUGGUGGUGCUAUACCAAGGAAAGGGGAUUUAGUAGUUAUAGAUAUCAAGGGAAGUGUGGUAGGAGAUGGUGGUGUGUUUGUGGACACCUUUGGUAGGGACAAAAAGCCAUUGGCUCUUGUGGUAGGAUCAAGGCCUUAUAGCAAAGGAAUGUGUGAAGGGGUGGAAACUGUUUUAAAAACGAUGAAGAACGGUGGAAAGCGAAGAAUCAUAGUGCCGCCUGCUCUCGCCUUUGGAGACGAGGGUGCAGAUUUUGGUUCCGAUCAUGUAAAGAUUCCUCCUUCGGCGACACUUGAGUACAUUGUGGAGGUUGAAAAGGUUUCAAUUGCACCUUCUUGACUGAUUUUUCCAUUUUUUUUCUCUUGUUGAUGAUAUGAAUCUCAAAUAACUAUCAUUUCUAAUUCUUCAAAGAAAAAAAAUAAGUAAGAUAUUAUGUACAUCAUGAUCCGGUUUGCUAGACAGUUGUAGAAAAACAGUAAACAAAAUCAAACAGGUUUGUUGGAUAA